GACGACUAAAACCUAAUCCUUCAACAAACAGCAAUGAAGCGUCAAGCCACAGGAUUAGUGCUUUGUGCGCUUUUGCUCAGCACUUUCGGCCAUGAGCUUUUAAACCGACAUCAACUGGCUCAAUCCGCUCGCCAUUCCCCUCUUCUCUCACGUUUACAUAGCAGACACAACAAGCCAAAAGAUGAACAAUGCUCCAUCCAGUGUAUAUCAACAGAGAGUAACAGCACGUGCCAGUUGGAAAUUUUCGUCAAUGCGAGUGCCAAUUUGGUUGCUGUUGUAAAUGUAACAGCAGAAUUAGCCCUUGUUGUGGAUGUCAACUCUAGUCUUGUUGCGAUUUUCAACGCUUCUAGCAGCUCUGUCAUUGUUAUUGACAUCGAGGGUGGCGCCGGUGUGUUAAUCUCUGGAGGCAAUCUCGCUUGGAGUCAAUCCGUGAAAUUCGAAGCUUUCUUCGAAAGUCUAACAUCGCUAAAAGUCCUCUACGAACAAGGCAAGAAAAACGGCCAAAGUUUCACUUCUAGUAACAUCACUGCUGAAAUCUCGCUCCAAAUUAGUGUCGCUUUGUCCCUGCUAAGUUCUGGCAGUUAUUCAGUUGAAGGUAAAGAAGCCCUCACUCUUCUUAUCAAAAUUUCCAAAAGCUUAUCAUCGUCUUUGAAACUCCUUUUGGUAUUUGUUGAACGUACAACUAUCACUGCUAGCACGAAUUUGAAACUACUUGUUGGAGUUUUGGAAGGCUUGUCUGUCCUUAUUGGCCAACUCAAAGGUGGAGUUUCAGUUUUGGUGAAACACCACGUGAAACUCGACCUCGAAGUAAUUCUACAAAGCCGUACUUCUAUCGAUGUUUUCUUGUACAUUUUAAUACAAUUGAAUUCAAGUGGAGUCAAACUGACUGAAGUUCUCGAAGGUGCGUUCAGUUCUUCUGAAAGUUUCUUUGCACUUCUUGCAAGUUUGGGAGGGAAUUCGACCGAGGGUUUUGACGGUUUUGUAACAGUAGUGUCAGAAAUUGUGGCUUUGGUCCAUGGGCACAGUAACAUCGAAGCAGUGGUUGUUGCUUUAAUUCAAUUUUAUGGUAGUUCCUCUCGUGAUCACAAUUUGGGCGAAGAAUGGAAGGCGAGUAUCGAACUUCUGAUCAAAGUAUUCGCUCAACUUCAUUUGAGCGAAACUCUCAAGACUUUGGUUAAAGUUUUGAAUGAAAUUCGUGAGGAAAAAUGGGUGGAAAACAACGUCAACAUGUCGGAAAUUAUCAAAAUUUUAAUCGAAGUUAAUGAUUCUUCGGUUCCUCUUGAUCAAAUUAUUCGAAUUUUUGUUCUGAUUAUGAAAAUUGUCGCGAUUGAAAUUUGUGUUUCCGUUCUUCUUUUAGAGUUGAUUCGGCUCUUGACUUCGCGAUCUGGGGUCGCACUUAUUGUAAUUUUGAUACCUACCAUAAAAAUUGAUAAUGAUCCUUCAACUAAUAUUCUGGCGCAAAUUCUUCGCAAAGUCAACGUCAGAGACCUCCUUCCUGGCAAUUUGGUACGGAUUUUGCGCCGCCUUCCGGUCAUUGGUGACAUUUAUGUUAGCAUUUCUCGUUGUUUGAAAGUCCACGCUAGUCUAGACAUCCAAGUUGUUCUUUCCCGAAGUGGUUGCAGCAAAAUCUUAAUCCAAAUAAGAGAAAUCUUUAUUGCUACGAUUAAAGGAGGCAUUUCCGGUUCAAGCGGAAGUGAUGACAAAGCCACUGUUAGUGGUGGAGGUUCAGGAUCCGGAAGCGGAAACGCCAGUUCUAGCGGAAGCGGCCAUGCGGAAGGAAGUGGUUCCGGAAAUGGUGAAGGAUCUGCAGAAAGUGGAGGUGAUGGAAGUACGCACGCACACGGCGCAGGAAACGGAACCGGAAGUGCAUCGUCGGAAGGAAACGGUUCUGCAUCUGGUUCUGGUUCUGGAAGUGGAGAAGGAUCGGCGGAAAGCGGAAAAGGGGCUUCGCAAUCGCAAGGUGGAGGAUCAGCGUCUUCCGAAGGAAAUGGUUCCGGAAGUGGUAGCGGAAGCGGAAGUGGAAGCACCGAUGGUGGUGCUACCGGAGGCGGACAAACGACCGGAAACGGAGGAGGCAGUGGGGGAGUAAAUGGAGGUAUUAGUGGAGGAGCAAGUGAGAAUAUUGGAGCCAGUGGUGGAGGAGGAAAUGGGGGUUUUAGGGGGAGUGCCAAUGGAGGAUUUGCGGGUGGAAUUCAAGUUGGAGGGUCAGGAAAAUCGCAUUCAGUUAAAGGGCCAGGGCCUGUAGCACAGAAUAAGGAACAUCAUGGCAAAGGUCAUGAUAAACAACUUAAAAAUAAAGAGAAAAAUAAAGGACAUGAAAAACAGCACAAUAAAGUGUAGAAAUAUCUUCGGUUUUGUAUAAAGUGGCUAUGAAUAAAUACUUUGAGCAUUA